AAAAUCAAACGUCAAAUUUCAUUGGGUAACAUAACACUACAAAUUACUAUCACGAGUUUAAUCUACUCUCCUAAUCCAAGACUACUUUAAAAUCAAUAUGGUGCGGUUGUCUCCAGCUCUCUUGCGUGUGCCGGUAAUAAAGUUCCGUAAGGGUGGUUUAGGACACUCGGGAUCGCGUGCUGCACCCGCGGCGGCCGCAGCGCCUGCGGCAGCUCCUGCACCUUCUGCAUCUUGCGCCUUCAGGCCGGCAGGAGCACCACAAAUGAGUACAAGUGCUAUUCCUGACAUUGACCUUCCGGCACGCUACAGAAGAAAACCCCUCUCUCAGGAAGAGAUUGACCAGAUAAACGGAGGAGGCAUUGCUGAUCCACCAAAGCUGGCGGGGAAAAAGUGAGCUAAACAAAUGACAUCUAUAAUUGUGUAAGUACAAUUAGUACAGUCACCUGCAACACCUGUAACAAUAUAAAUACUACUAUCCAUGAAGCACUGCCUAGCUCCUUUUUAUAUAAUACUCAUUUAAGCAGAGUGGGGUACCUCUUAUGGAUCUAUCUUGUUUUAACCAUACACAAUUCAAGCACAAAAAUAUAUCAUGUACCUACACAAUUACAUACUUAUAUCUCUGCAAAUUAGAAAGUAAGCUAUUUUCGUGGGCAUCGUCAUAGGUGACUGUACAUAAGUACAUAUAAACAUUUGGUCAUACACAUACUUUAUUCUCUCAUUCUAAUAAUUCACCCCAGCUGUGGUGCAUUGGACCUGUAUGUGGCAUAACUAGUUUAAAAUACCUCAAUUAUUUCAGAAAGAGAAAGAGCGCGCAAAACUUUAUUUGAAACCGAAAAAGGAAGGACCUUUACCAUUGGCAACUAUUAAAAUACCUCGCGGUGUCCUGGUUCAGUCAGGCAAGAAAAAAAAACUAGUGUCCCUAAGUGUAACUAUUGGAAAGCAAAGGAAAAAGAAAUAAUUCAAGUUGAACAUAAUCAUUUUAUUGAAAAAAUAUAAAAUAGUAUUUAUUACUGAGAA